UAGAGAUGGUAUCGGUUAAUGUUGUGAUGUAGUUCUUUUAUGUAGUAUUUCCCUUAUUAUUUUGUGUUUACUUUAAUUUAUAUGUAUUUUGUUUAUCCUAUUAUUUAAAGUUUAUCCUUAAAUUUCAUCUUCGAUUUUAACAAUGGUCGAUAGACUCGUUAAUAGUGAAGCAAAUGCCAGGAGAAUCAGCAUGGUAGAAAAUUGCUUUGGAAGCUCAGGACAGCCAUUGGCUGUGCCUGGACGUGUAUUAGUUGGAGAAGGUGUCCUAACUAAAAUGUGUAGGAAAAAACCAAAAGCAAGACAGUUCUUUCUAUUUAAUGAUAUCCUAGUUUAUGGAAAUAUUAUCAUAAAUAAAAAAAAGUAUAACAAGCAGCACGUUAUUCCAUUGGAAGAAAUUAAACUAGAGUCAUUAGAAGAUGAAGGGCAGCUUCGAAAUGGAUGGCUAAUAAGAACAACUUCAAAAUCUUUUGCUGUUUAUGCUGCAACAUCUACAGAAAAACAAGAAUGGAUGGCACAUAUUAAUAAGUGUAUUGAAGAUUUGCUGCGUAAAAGUGGGAAAAAAGCAGCAGAAGUAUAUGCUGCUGUUUGGGUUCCAGAUUCAGAAGCUCAAAUCUGUAUGCAUUGCAAGAAAAAUCAGUUUACAGUUUUAAAUAGACGGCACCAUUGUAGAAAUUGCGGUGAAGUAGUGUGUGGACCUUGCUCAAAUAAGAAAUUUUUACUUCCUAAUCAGUCCUCCAAACCUGUGAGAGUUUGCCUAAAUUGUUUUGACACAUUAUCUAAAGCAAAACUGCAGAAUAAUUUUCAGACUAGUUUGACUACUAGGCCUGACAGCAAAGAUCGGACUGGUUCAGCAGAUUCUUCUUGGGAGGAAGAUUCUGAUGAAGAUGAAGAUAAUUUAAAUCGUGCUUAUCAAGAAGCAGAUAAGUCUAAAUUUUAUGGAUCUACGAAUGCUGGUGUUAUUGAGGAUGCUGAUGUUACUGAGGAAACCACAAUUUCAAUUGAUCAAAAAAAAAUAGACCAUAAAGGACACUAAAAACAUGAACUAUUUUAUGGAACAAGCCUUUUAAUGUCUGACCUGUUUUAAAAACCUAGUGAGUGUUAUAAAAAAACUAUAUAUAUUUUAUUCAAUUAUUUUUUUGUAAAUACUCAUCGAGGAAGAGUUAUAUUGGUUCUUAGGUUUUUAUAAUUGAAGACACCUCUUUCAUUUGUAAAUUUUUAUUUAUAAUCUCGUAGUCCCCACAAUUCGGGGAUCUGACCCAUCUUCGAGAACAAUUUAUUCUGGUAGCUGGUAUCAAUUAUGUAUAAUUUAACAACUUUCUCAGCAACUGUCUCAUUGUCAUACCUGUAUAUGAUGAACAUUUUAUCAUUUGUUUAAAUUAAUGUUUAAAACUAAAAUACAUUUUUUAUAAAAAUAAAUGAAAUUGUGGUUGUUUUAACUGUCACAUUGCCUCUGGGUAUCUGAUAUAUAUAUAUUUUUUUUUAAAUGUUAAAAGUAAAAAAAAAAAAUUGAUGAAGCAAGACACAGUUUCAGCUUAGCACUUUUCCAUAAGUAUUUCUGGAUGAAUAUUGCUGAUUAAUGAAGAAAAGAUGUCUAAGGUACACAAAAAACAUGAACUAAUUUACAGAACAAAUCUUUAAAUAUCAAUAAUAUUUUAACCAUCCAAUUAACAUGAUAAAAAAAUAUUGCUUUUCCAAAAUGUUGUGGUUAUAUAUUUCUGGAUGAAAAGUGCCAAUUAAUAAAGAACAGAUAUAUAACCACCAAUCAUUGAUUUUGUCUUCCAUAAUGUAAAAAAAAAAAAAAAAUGAGAUAUUUUGUUUUGACUAAUAGGCGGUUAAACUCUUCCUUCAGAAAUAAUCUGGUUUGUAUAUUUGUGUAUGAAAUCACAAAAAAUGUUUACUACAUCAACGUAUGGUUGAAACGACCUUAGAAAAGCAUUAUAAAAGUGAGAAUAAAAUUGCUACUGUUGGUGACUGAAUGAGCAACUUCGUGAAAUUAAUUGCUGUAGAGACUUGUUUUUUUUUUUUUUCAAUCAAUUGUUUAUGUAAUACUAACAUAUAUAUUUGAAAUUAUUUUAUCACAUACUAUGAUUUUUUUCACAGAUUAUUUAAAAUACUAUUCUACUAUAAGAUUUCAACUGUUGACAGUUUUCUACUACCCAUUUAUUGUAGAUGACUUUUUUUACAAAGUAAAAAAGACAUAAUGAAAUAUUUCUUUUCACUUUAAACGUUUCAUUUCAAAGUAAAAGAAGAUUCAUCUCUGAGGCGGAAUGAGAAGGAAUCAUAGAGGAAAUACCUCAAAAAGGUGUUAAAAGAAUGUUGAUUCAUGAUUUUGGGUAUGUUAGGAAUUGUUUUCUUCAAGGGAACUCGUCGACACAAUAUUUUAUUGUUUUUAUAUUUCCAUUAAAUCAUGCAAAUACCCCCCCCCCCCUUCCCCAAAACAUGCAAUUUUGUUUAGCAUACAAUAGCAUAAUACAACCUAUUUGAUCUGGUUUGAGUUCAUAAUUAACUUUCAUUAAUUUUUGAGUUGCUGAUAAGAAAAUGCAAUUGCAUGAUGAUCCGUGCUCUAGUCAUGAAAAAUAUGUUAAUAUUCAAUGUUUCACCAUCUAUCAUUCCCUUUUCAAGUAAAAUAAAUUUUUAGUUCCUUUUAUUUAUAAUUUAACACUUGAUAAUGGCAUUUUUGAUGGUAAAACAUUAUAGGAUUGGUUAUUAUAAAUUAUACAAGAGAAAGGAAAAGGUAUUUUUCAACAUGAAAUGUUGAAAAAUUUAUGUUUCAAAGAAUGAAAAAGCCACUUCUUUUUUCCAUUUCAUGCCUAGAAAAGAAUAAAAUAAGGAAGUCAUUUUUAUUUUCAUGGUCAAUUAAAUUUCUAUAAGUAAGAUUUUGUAAUAAAAUAUACUACUUUAUCUUUUAAUAUUAGACACGCUUACCUAUUGAUUGUAUAAAUAUUUAUAGAUAUAUAUUUUUAAUAAUAUUUUAGAUAAUAACAUCUUUUUAAUACAUUACUUAUACGACAUAGUAAUGAACUGAAUAUUUCUAAUAAACUUCGAGAAUGUAUGUAUAUGAUUAUUUUUAACAUGAUUUUUAUAUUUACUUACAAUUUUAGGAAGUAGUGCCAAAUGUGAGUAACAUGAAUUACAUUUCCAUUAUGUAAAACUAUUUAUUGUAUUUAUUUUCUUUGUUUGUUUAUUUUUAAUAAAACUUAAUAGAAAAUAAUUAUUUAAUAAAAUUUUUAAUUCUUGUAGAAAUCUUGAAUUAUCUGUACAUUGUAACAAAAAGAUCUGUUUGCUUUUAUUAUAAAGAAAUAUUAAUAAAAAAAUCAAAUUAAGUUAUUACAAUUUAUUUUUCCCACCAUAUUUAAGUUAUAUAAAUAAGUAUGAUUUAUUUUUUUUAAUUUCUAGAGAUUAAGUCACAGAUGAGCUUUUAACUGGGUUAGGAAGUAGCUUUUAAAUGUUUAUUGUAGCACUAUCAGCUAGAAACAUUACCUCUCGAAAAUCUAGUGUAUAUGUAGAGUGUUUCUUUAAAUUUGGGAUUUUUUAAAGAGGUGAUAGUAGACCUCAAUAGCACAAUACAAAGUUCAUAUGGACCAUGGUUCAAUAAACAAAAAUGCAGCAAACUGAAGUUGUGUGUUUUUCAAGUAGCCAAAUUAUGCAUAGUUCUGUUUUUCAUAAAAUUGUUGAUAAUUUGUGAUUUUUUUCUAUUAGUAGCUUCCUACUGGUCUACAGAUUUCUCUCAAAAAAACUUCCUUGUUUAAUAAGCUUUCAGUCCAUGUUAAUUAAGUUGAGGUCUGCUACAAAAUAAGCUGAGAUUCACUGCCAGUUUUGUAAAACAAAUAUGUUAUGUCAAGCUUUGUUUUCUUAAGGUACCAGUAUUUAAAAAAUUAAUAAUUAAAAUAAAUUAUUACAAAUCUUCUAUUAAUAUUUUUCUAUGAAAUGGGAUGUUUUAUUUUUUUUAUUUAUUUUUUUUUCUGUAGGCAUUACAAACCUUGGGAGAUGUUUUGCCGGCUUGAUAAGCCUGCUUCAUCUCUGCCUGUCUUGGGCUAUUUCCUUCCAGUUAUCUGCUUUUUGGCUUUCCAGGUGGUCUUUUGCCUUCUAUUGAGCCAUUCAUUGUUAUGUUGAGGCUUCCAGAUGGAUUGCUAUGAUCUACAUGUUCUGCCUUCAUAAUCUCCGUGCCUUCAUAUCAUGGGAUAUUGAUUCACCAGUUUCUGUAAGCAGUUCUUUAUUGUUCUUUCUUUCUCAUGUGUUAGUACUCUCAUCCCAGAUUGUUCCGGUGAUCGUGCAGAGGAUUUUUCUCUCAAAUCUUUCAAUACUUUUUUCUAGGGUGCAGGUUAGUGUCCAGGUCUCACAGCUAUAUAUUAGAACUAGAUUUUUCAUAGCAUUGUGCCCCCGGGAUUCCGAUACCUUUGAAAGCUCUAUUUGUGCUAGUUUUACUCUGAUCUAUUUCUGACCGUUAUUCAUUCAUUGAAGUUAUUGUAGACCAAGGCAUUUGAAUUUUUCUACUCUCGGAAUGAUUUUCCUUCUACACAGAUCCUGUUAUUGGGGUAGAAUUUUUGGCAUAUUAUUAUUUAUUUUGUUUUGUCUUUAUUUACUUGCAGGCCAAACUGUUCUGCCUCUCUUAUCAAAUUCUUAGCAUGUUUCUCAAUGUCCACUUCCAAGGAGAGCUAUAUCAUCCAUUUCGACAUGGACCCCUCCAGUUUUCUGUGAUGUUCUUAUCACCUUCUCCAGGGAUAAGUUGGAAAACAUCAGUAAUAGUCCAUCUCUCUGUCGUAAGCCCAUUUGAACUUAGAAGGCUUCAGAUACUUCUCCUUGUAUUAGGACUCAACAUUUAGGGUCAUUUGUACACGCCUUUGUCAAUCUCACCAACUUAGCGGAACUCCCAGUUCAGUCAUAAAUUUCCAAAGACUGGUUUAAAAUCGACAAAUAGUUCAAGAAGGUCCUGAGCUACUUUCCAUAAUUUUUCGAGUACUUGUUUUAGGAUUAAAAUCUGGUCUAAGAAGCUCUUUCUUUUAUGAAUCCAACUUGGUGGUCACCUAUUAUAUUUUUGUAAUAUGAAUAUAUCUGGUUUAAUAGGAUAUUAGUCAUUAGCUUGUAGGAGUUCUAUAAGUUGCAUAGGAGUUCUAUGCCUUUAUAAUUACUACACUCAUACAUGGAGCCUUUGUUUAGAAUAGAACAGAUAAGGCCUGUAUUUCAAGCCUCAGGUAUCGUUUCCUCUUCCCAUAUUUUCUGGAUUACUUGUAGUACCUUGUCUCUUAAGUCGUCUCCCCCAUAUUUAAACAGUUCUGAUGCUAUUUUGGCAUAAUUUUUAUCAUUUCCCUAUAGUAUCCUGCCUUUUAAAUCUAAAAAUUGUUUGAUUUGUUUUUUUUAAUUUUCCCUCCAAAUUAGUUUUUUUAUUUUUUGUUCAUUGGUUGAACUCUAAGUUUUUUUUCUCUUGUAAUUAUUCUCUAGUUUUUAUUUUAUUUAUGUUAUUCUUAGUGGAAACUUUUUUUUUAUUUCAAUGAAUUUUAUAUAAUGGUUUAAAUUUUUUUUUUUUUUUACUUUUAUGUGUGUUGUGGCCAACAGUAAUAAGUAUAAAUAUGGUGUAAAUAUAUACUUAUAUAUAUGUGUAUGUGUGUACACUUAAUAUUAAAAAUAAAUAGAUACCUACUGUAUAUUAAAGGAUUAAGCAGGUGCCCAGUCUUAAUGCAAAGACUAGUCUUGCUUACAUCCUCUUAAGAACCAUUUUUAGAGCUCCAUUAUGAAUCUUAUUUUAUUUUACCCACAUUUGUGACAUUGAUAUCCUCCACACAUAAGGUAUAUAUUAUAUCACGUAUAAGGUGAUAUACCUUUUUUUUUAUUAUUAUAUAAAAAUGUAAUUUAAACUCAUAUAAAUUUAUUAUGGCCUUCUGUAAUAUUAUUUUAAUUACAAUUAAAUUGAUCCAUUUUUCAUUAAAUUACAACAGUUAAUUAUAAAAACAUCCAUAGAAUUUGUAAGUUUAAGUUCUAUGGUUUCUUUUUUAUGUUUACUGUUUUAAAUUGGUUUUUAUUUCUUUCAUUGUUCGAUUAUUAUUAUUUUGUAUUGGAGAAUAUAUUUAAUUUAUUUUAUGGCAUGAUUCAUUUCAAUUAUUAUUUUUUUUAAUAUAUAAUUUUCUGUUAUUCGGCAUUUCAUUUAUAUAGAUUUAUCCUCAAGGGUUUAUUAAUUUAACAUUUUUUAAAAGAAAUUAAUAUUGCAAGGCACUGGUGCCUCUGGAUAAGGUUGGGGAGGAUUGGUGUUUACAUUUAUUUACACUGCCGCCACAGUAUUUAUGUAUCUUUUUUUUAUAUUCAAUAUAAUAUUGUAAACAUUUAGAAGGAGAUUUUUUAAAUUUCAGUUUGCCAUCAUUGGGAAAAGACUUGUAUUUUCAUCUUGAAAUACUCCUGGCCCCAACAAGUUUAUUCAUGAAAAUGUUGAGAAUGGCCAAAUUACAUUGAUAUAAAUAGAUUCAAAAAGGCAACUGGCAGAUGGGCUAACAAAUACAGACAAGUAGUAGGUACAAACUUUUUCUGUUAUUCUGUCUCAACUCCAUUUGUUUUUGACAGUUUUCAACAAAAUCGGGUGAGCUGGUUGAAAAUAUGUCUGUUGACAUUGAUAGAAGACUUUGCCAAUGAUUGGCACAGCGAAGAGUCAAACUGAAACGAAAUUUUUCACAUAUAGUUAUCAAAAACAAAGUUCAAAUGGAAAACAUCAGUGUGUAUGGGGAAUCCCGUCAAGUGGUGCUGAAAAAAAAUGGUGGAAUUUUAUUAGAGAGGUUAUACAUAAGCAUUUUUUAGGUGCUAUGUCAUUAUUGGUAUCUUUUAUUUUUUUUUAUAUGUAGUUCGUAAUUUAUUAUCUAUAGUUGCUAAAAUGAUACGGUUGUGAAAACUUGUAAUAAAAGUAACUGAAAUGGUGAGAGCUAAUCUCAUAUUAUGGUACAUCAAGUGCAAAUAGUCCCGGAAUAGGCUCUCAAAAAUGACGAAAUAUCCAAAUGUGGAUGAAAUAUAAAAAAAAAAUUGUAACAAAAAACUAAAAAACAUUUUGGAGGCUUCACACACUACGUGUACAAUUUAGAGAUUGCUUUAAAAAUCGCAUGAAGCAAUUUUCAUUAUUAAUAUUAGAAAGAAUAGCAGCACCAUAUUUCGUGUUUUUAUAGAUUUUAAUGGUUAC